AUAUGAAUUUAAUGAUGAUUAAUCAGUGUAGCUUAAGUAACCGUCGAAGAAAGACAUCGGGGAAAUUCUCAUCGUUUUUAGAUAGUUACUCAUCUUAAGGCGUUUCUUCGAUAUAUACCAAAAACGAGGUUUAAGUUGCAGGCAAUAUGUCGAAACUAAAAUCGAGCCUUAUCGUUUGCACAAUCUUGUUCUGUUAUAUUCUGGAAUCUUAUGGCUUUAACUCUACGAAUUUUACUAGACAAUGGACAAACGACUAUAUAUACACUCCCGAAAUCAUCAACGUGAAUGGUCAUCUUCUAGCUAUUGGCUUGCAAAACAAUUCGGUGAACAUAACCUCAACGUUUGGCGAAGUAAACUCUUUAAUUUGCAAACUUUCACUCCAACCAGGUGAGACAGCUAGCGACAAGAUCAGGGCCCAUGCAUUAGGCAAUGGUAAGAUAACCGUUCAUACAUCCGUACUGAUAAAAAAAAAAGUAGCAGAAUCCAAAUUAAACGAUGUAGUGUGGGACUUAUUCAUCAUACUCGAACCACGUAAUUGUUCGAGCCUCAAGACAGUUGAGGUGUAUCAUGGCUGGGAUCGUGACUGGGUUGCACUAGUACCUUACCAAAGCAGCUUUGAUCUUUUUUAUCACAAGAAGCCAAACAAACAGACCGUAACAUUUCAGUCUCCCCAGCGCUUCAACGAUCUCGGCGAGUCCAUCAAAAUAGACUAUUCCCUGGGCUUAGAGAGUAAAAUUACGGGAUUGAAGAUCCAAACUAUAAAGCCUUAUGAUGCAUCUGAAGGUUACGUCAGUUUCAUGAAUUCGACUAUCAGCUUUUAUAACUCAAGAUUCAAAACAAUAAAGACAGUCAACAUUGUGAAUCCUGUUCACACCAUCUCUGGAGCUCAUGGUAAGGUCAUCUACUGCUACAUCAAGUAUCCGCCAAAGACAAAAACAUCAUCGGAUACAAACAAGUUUGAUUUCAACAGCAAUACAGAUAUAAAAAAAGAAGAAAAAGAGUACGUAGUCUGUGAACUUCUCGAUGCUGAUCUGAAACCUAAAGCUUCGGUUGGGAUGCACAAACUCGAAGAUAAGCGCGUGUACGAGGUCAUCGUCUAUAGUUUACCCGCUGGUGGAGCACUCGUUGCCACAACCCACAGAGGUCUACGAAGUUCAAGAGGCCACGCCAUGGAAUUCUAUUUACAACGAAUUAACCCAGAUGGUAGCACGCGAGAACCUGUUCAAAUAUCUGAGCACUUUAUAUUUUAUCACCAGAUGCGGCUGAUUGCACUAGAUAAUGGAGAGUUUUGUUUGGUCGACGGGGGUGAAAUGGAAACCUUCAAGGCUUUCACAAGUUUAAAGAACAGCAUGUGGAUUAAUUGCGUUGACGUUACUACUUUGUAAGAGCCUCAAAGCUUUGAGAAAAACUGAAUAAUGAUAAUUGAUUUAUCAAUAAUGAUGCACAAUUUGUAUUAUUUGUAUUGAAUGUAAAAAAUAAAAUAGUCGACAAUAUAAAAGUUAAACGAUUAUUAUUCUGUUA